UGUAGGUAGCCGGUAGGAAGGAGUGAGAACGAAAACGAAACUUACAUCAACCACCACCAUAGAUGGCAAAGGCAAAGUUAAAGAGUUUUCGCUUCAAGACAGUGAAAGUACCUUCAAUUCAAGAACCAAUCUUAUCAGAGGAUGAGCGAGAUGAACUUGGUCAGUUUAAAUACCCGUGGCAUAACAUCGUGUUUGAAGGAGGUGGUAAUAAGGGCCUAGCCUAUGCAGGCUCAGUUCGGGUACUUGAAGAGAUUGGAGUAUGGGACCAAGUUAAGAGAAUAGCUGGUACCAGUGCAGGAGCAAUGACAGCUGGUCUCUUAGCAGUGGGAUACAACUCUUAUGAUUUGGAGGCUUUCUUGAAACAACCAGAUCUUGAAAAGAUCUUUCUUGAUGCUAGAUUUGGUGUCCUGAGUGUCUUACCAAACUUCUUAAAACGGUUUGGUUGGCAUCCUGGUAACAAGUUGUAUUCUUGGUUUGGUAAGAUGAUACAAAAGAAGACUGGAAACCCAGACAGCACAUUUGAAGAGGUAUAUAAGCUGUUUGGGAAAGAGCUGUGUAUCUGUGUCACCAAUGUGAACUUUCUGGAUUGUUAUUACUGUCAUGUCAAGACUACCCCAGAUCUGCCUGUCAGGAUGGCUAUGCGUAUGUCAGGCUCUAUCCCAGGUGUUUUCUGUACAGUUAAGAACACAUUAAGUUCCUUCCCAGAUCAUUACAUCGAUGGUGGACUACUAGUCAACUAUCCCAUUCAUGCAUUUGAUGGCUGGUAUUUAUCAAUGAGACCAGAGAACACGUUCCUGAAAAAAAUCCAACCACUUCGAGAUAUACGUAAGCUUUGGGAUCGGAAAGAACGCUUUGGCCACAAGAAUGAGAGAACACUAGGCAUGCUCUUGUAUUCCAACUUUGAGCCAGAAGUGAUGAAAGAUGCUCUGAAUGACCGUUCAGCUAAGUAUCUGGACUACUCACAGAAAGUACCAACCACAAAACUCUCAAAGAAGCGAUUGAAGAAGAUGAACAUUGCUCAGAUUGAGUCCCAACAUGACCUCCUUGUUGAUGCAAUGGAUAGUCUAAUGGCUGAAAUGAAUAUUCAAGAUAGAGACGGAGAUGGCAGUAUUUCCUUAGAGGAGUUCAAGAGAGUUUAUGAUAGUACAGAAUCCAAGUUUAGUGAUGAGCACAAGAAGUUACUGUUUGGAGAAGAUGGCUUAGAUUCUGACAAAAUAUUUGAGAAGCUGGAUUUUGAUAAAAAUGGAGAGAUAAGCUUCAGAGAGCUUGUGUACUGGGCAGAGAAACGUGGAUUGAAACUUCUGUCUGCCUUCAGAGGUUACGAUAGGAGAGAAGUGACAACCAUGAUGGAAUUCUUUUCAACGAUGAUGGACUGUCUGUUGCUGAACAUGAAGAGAAUCUUCAUACAGGACAAUGAUCUGUACCGUACAGUAGGAAUUGAUUGUGUCUACCUAGAUGCUAUGGACUUUAAGAUGGAACAUGCUGAUCAACAGUUUCUUAUUCAGCAAGGUAAGCUUGGCUGCAUUGCCUACAUCCGGGAAUUCAUCGAGAAGUUUAAACCGUCACAAAGGCCCAAAAUGAGAGUAAACGAAAGGGCACGAGACAGCAAAAAGCUUCACCGUGUUACCUUGGAAGUCGCAAGAGCACUUAACAGUGAGUCUGAUUUGGAAGGAAUGUACUCCCCUUCCCCACCUCAAGUUGGUCCUCUAGGCCAACAGAUUGAUGAUGAUGUCUUUAGUGCACAACUACAGGAAGCUAACAUCGCUGCUCAGAGAAAAAAAACUCUGGCCGCUGCUAAUGCAGAACUAGAAGCUACUCCAACAAAUGUUCGCAGCCCAAGGAGUGUUCUCUUUGAAGAUGAAGUCCAAAUUAAUGUCGAUGGAGAUGGAGAGGAAACUAAGUUAUAAACGAUUGAUACCGUCAGUAAUAGUGUAUGCAAUUGUUCUUGUCACUGUGCAACAAAGUAACUACUUUGAAUGGAUUAACAGCUUGAAUGCAAUGUGUGUUUCCCUUCAUUGUGACUGUCUCCAAGGAUUAAUAUUGAUGAGUUGUUACCUUAGAGCUAAAUAUAUUGACUAGAGCGCUAACUUGCUCUGCGUUGUGAAGCUAUCCUGGGCGCAGACAUGUUUGAUGUGUUGCGUGACUACGGAACGAUUUUUAAUUUUAAGAGAACACACAUUGCCGCGAUUUAUUUACAUUCGGUGUGUGCGCUUACGAAAGGGGACUGCCCAUUCGCGUUCGUCCAUGCUGUCUAAAUGUUUGUGCAAAUAAAAAAAAUAAGGCAUCUCAUGAGAAAUCAAAUACGUUUAUGUGUACACACAUUCUUUUCUAUAAUACUAAAAUAGUAACUUCAACAACUUAGUUACCGGUAGAGAGCUUUAUGAAAUUUGACCCAGAUUAAUUUAGGUAAGCAUGUGCGUAAUUUACAGCUAAUUAAAUUGAAAACGAAAAACGUAAGUUUGACUUGAGGUACUUCAAAGACCAUAUACGCGCCUUUUAAACAUGUCGCACAUGACACUUGCAGUAUGUACGCUCAUCAGCAGAUGGUGCGUUCACAUUUCCUGCUUUUUUUUGUUCGAUGACACAUAUAAAAGAACAAACGCACUAUCAUGCAAGUAGCUGUACAAUUGCCGUACACAA